UGAUGCUCCUCUAUCACUUAGAUGUCGCCACAUUCGACUUCCCAUAAAAUACAUACGACGUUUUCACUUCCUUUUCCUUCCAUACAUCCAAAAUGGUGAAUGUACCUAAGCAAAGGCGCACAUUUUGUAAAAAGUGUAAAGUACACAAGCCUCAUAAAGUAACACAGUACAAAAAAAGUAAAGAACGACACGCGUCGCAGGGAAGAAGACGUUAUGAUCGUAAACAGCAAGGAUUUGGUGGACAGACAAAACCUAUUUUCAGAAAAAAGGCUAAGACCACAAAGAAAAUUGUUUUAAGAAUGGAAUGCACAGAGUGCAAGUAUAGAAAACAAAUUCCCCUUAAGCGUUGCAAACACUUUGAACUUGGUGGCGACAAGAAGAGAAAGGGUCAGAUGAUUCAGUUCUAAGAAGUUAACUUAAUUUCUAACUUUAAGGAACUGUAUUUAAUAAAACAAUAAAUCAUUUAAUUUGU